AUGUUGACCACAAUGUUUCUGUCAGUGCUGCUGAUGCUGGGAGGCCUGGGAGGGGCAGCAGCAUCUGACCUCCAGGUCUACGGGAAAUCAAUUCACAAAGAUAAAACUUUGCUGAGCAGCCAAGAUGGAAGACACACUGCCAGAAAACAGCCGCACCAACAGACAAAAGGUGAAAUCCGCAGGAGUUUGGAUCUCGAGAGCUUCAACGUGCACGUGACCCCGACCACCAGCAAAAUCAGCCUCCCGACCAUCAUCAAGCUCUACCCACCCGUCGCCAAACCUCUCCACCUGCAUGCCAACAUGCCCAUGCGCUUUGGAAGAGAGAGCGAUCCUAGUGAUGACAGGGCACCAAACUCUAACCCCAACAUGCCCCAGAGGUUUGGGCGGUCCUGGGAGGUGAUUCAGAUGUGUGCUGAGUGUCCUCGUGUCCGAGAAGCUCCAGACCCAGUGCUGCCCCAGAGGUUUGGGAGAAACAGUCUUUACUGGAGCCUUCUAGGGACUCUGAACAAUGAAGAGUUGUUGAACACUGGCUUGCACUGGGCAGAAGAUUUUGAUUUUACAACCAGCUCAGAAGAAGUGGAGGUGGAAGAAAAAACCUUUAAAGGAUGA